AUGCAUACCCGUAACCUCAGCACCUUGCCGAGCUAUGCCACACCAAAAGCACAAAUGAAUAACAUUUCGGGACUGUCAGCUCAGCGCCCGCAGCAGGCAGGGCCGCAGAGGAGCCCACGCUGCUCGGAAGCAGCCCCGCAGACAAGGCGCACACCGCGCCGCCGUCUCGCCCGUCCCGGGGCCGGGCCCCGGGGCCGGGCCCCGGGCCCGGGCACGCACCGCGCCAGCUGCAGCGGCUACGCUAGCCGGGCCCGCCUGUUCUGCCUGCGGAUGCCACAACAAAGGGACGGCGGCGAUCGGGCGGUGCCGCCGCGCCGGCAACCGGGACGAUGCUCCCUUCAGCCGGCAAAACGGCAAGAAGGCCCCGCGCAGCAGGGCCGUGCCCCCCCGCCAGGAACGGGGAGCGAAUCUCGGCUGAUCCUCGUAAAAGCGGCCCCGCGGUCGGCGGUCCCGCCGGACAGCGCCUACCUCACAGCACAGCGACCGCAGCCUCGGCUCCGCCGCCCCCCACAGCCAACCCCCCUCGACUCCUCCCCGCCCGGCUGCUCCCAGCCCCGCCACGACGCUGUCCCCCGCCCUCCGUCCCGCCCGCAGACACUCACCUGA